AUGGGUGAGGCAUACUAUGUGAUAGGGAUAGAAAUAUUCCGUGAUAGAUCACAAGGACUAUUGGGACUAUCUCAGAAAGGCUAUAUCGAAAGAGUUCUUGAGAGAUUUAACAUGAACAAUUGUUCAGCAGGAGUUGUUCCAAUUCAAAAAGGGGACAAAUUUAGUCUCAUGCAGUGUCCAAAGAAUGAUGUAGAACGAAAAGAAAUGGAGUCAAUUCCUUACUCUUCUAUUAUUGGAAGUUUGAUGUAUGCUCAAACUUGCACAAGACCGGAUAUUAGUUUUGCGGUCGGAAUGCUAGGGAGAUAUCAGAGUAACCCGAGAAUUAAUCACUGGAAAGCUGCAAAGAAAGUUUUGAGGUACCUGAAAGGAACAAAGGAUUGCAUGCUCACGUAUAGGAGAUCCAAUAGUUUGGAAGUUAUUGGAUACUCGAAUUCAGAUCAUGGUGGAUGUGUUGACACUAGAAAGUCCACUUUUGGUUACUUGCUCCUAUUAGCUGAAGGAGCAAUAUCGUGGAAGAGUGCCAAGCAAUCCGUCAUUGCUACAUCCACAAUGGAAGCAGAAUUUGUAGCAUGUUUUGAAGCCACAAUUCAUGCAUUAUGGUUGCAGAACUUUAUUUCAGGACUUGGGGUUGUCGACACCAUUACCAAGCCGCUGAAAAUUUAUUGUGAUAAUACUGCAGCAAUAUUCUUCUCCAAGAAUGAUAAGUACUCCAAAGGUGCCUAA